GACCGCCCCACUCGCGAUGGCUGGCGUCCUGCGAGCGACUGUACUCUUGCUGGGGCUGCGAAUGUCCGUCGGCGUCCGCGUGCUGGACGCGACGGCGUGCAGCGGCGAGGAGCUGGUGACGUCAGGCGCUCGGCUGGAAGCCAACUACUCGGCGCUGCUGGCCUGCGGCGACUGGACCCGCGCCGUGACGGUGGCCGACGGCUACCAGGCCGAGCUCACCGUGCGCUCGCUGCUCGUCGCGCCGGGCGACUACCUCGUCGUCAGCCCAGGCGGCAGGCCGCUGGCUACGGCGGCGGCGGCCGUGCUGGUGGGCCGACUGCGCUCCCCGCGGCGACUGCGCGCACUAGGCUCGCCGCAGCUGCACCUGCACUUCCACGCGGCGGGCGAGGCAGGCCUGCUGGCGCAGCUGGAGGGCUUCUCGCUCGCCUUCGGCACGGACAGCCCGCUGACGACCACGCAGCCGCCCACGCCGCCCCCCUCCACCCUGCCCAGCGCGCCGCCCUCCGUGGCCGACACCUGCACCGUCUUCCUGCGCGGCAGGAGCCCCGCAGACUUCCUGCAGUACAGCGCGGAGCUGCGCACCUCGGUGAAGGAGAUGGCGCAGGCGUACUGCCGGGAGCACAACAUCAGCGUCCUGCAGGACAUCACGGAGCAGAACGUGGUGUUCCGGCUGGUGGAGAGAUGCGCCCUCAGCUGGCCCGACAGCCAGCUGUGCACCAGGCUGCAGCUGGCGGUGCCGGUGGACACGCCCUCGGGCUACCAGCUGACCGCGAGCAGCAUCUGCGCCAUGUGGGAGGAGCAGGCGCGGGGCAGCGCCCGCCUGGCGCAGCUGGGCCUGCAGGUGUACGACGCCCCUGACGCCCAGGUGUCCAUGCUGGUGUGGCUGGGCGUUGCCCUGGGCGUCACUCUGGUCUUCACCGCCUCCCUGCUGGUCGCCUGGAGGCUCCUCAACAGCAGGUCUCGCUCGCGGCAAGACAGCACCGCGGACUCGCGGGCGAACCUCAGCGAGCAGUCGUGGCUGGACAACCUGCCGCACCAGCAGCUGCCCAUCACAGCCGCCAGCGGCGUGCGCGAGUUCGAGCCGGACAGCAUGCACCUGCGAGCCCCGCUGGCCGGGGGCGUGUCUCCUGCGGCGCGACCCCACGUGCCGGUGCCCGACAGCAAGCCCCUGCCCGAGUACGGCGCCACGCUGCUGUUCGGCCGGGGCUUCGACAAGCAGGCGCUGAUGGAGGUGGACGAGGGCGUGGAGAACAACGUCUCCGUGUCGUAGCGGCCAGCGCAGGCGCUCUGCAAGAUCGCUCUACGCUGCUGUGUUUGCACGCACAAUGUCUAGGGGGGAUAUGUUGUGUCACGAGGAACAACUCGUGCGCACUGCAGCUAAAUGUUUUAAGGACCGUUUUACAAUUUCACGUUGCAUAUCAUAGAUAAAUCAAUUUUUCAUGUUUAA